AUGGCUGAAGCUAUUGCGGCUCUUGCCUUUGCGAGCAACAUCGUGCAGUUCCUAGAGUUUGGUGCCAAAUUUGCUAUCAAGGCAGACCAGAUUGUCAAGGCCGGCAGCAACAGCGUUUCUGAUCUUCAGGAGCUCCGACACAUUACAAAUUAUCUUCAUCCGCUAUUGCAGCAACUUAAUGCAGAUGACUCUUCAAAUCAUUCUUCAACAAAGUCGUCAUCUCAAUCACGACUUAUCAAACUGUCCAAGGAGUGUUCUCAAGUUGUUGAAGAACUUCUCCAGACAUUGGAUGAUGCGGGGGUCAAUGAUUCCAGUGGACGGAGGGAUGCAAUAGUCACCAGCUUCCGCCUGACAUGGAAUCAUUCCAAGAUUGAGAAAUUGCAUCAGCACAUUGAUAAGCUGAGCGGCCAACUCGCCGUGGAGUUGCUUAUCUCAAUCAGAGAACACUCUGCCAAAUCACUCGAGACGCAAGAAGCAAUUUUACAGCAGCUCAAGGCAGAUUCUCGCUACAGUCCUCCAAAGCCCAGAGAACAUCAAGCACGAGAUGCUGUGAGUGACCUAGAUGAUGCGCCUGGGAGCAUCAUGCUACAAUAUAUCAGAUCCAUACUUCAACCGGACAUUGCGACAGAUCAGAUGACGAAAACGGAAGAUGAUAUCCACCGCCUCGUCUUUCAACAAGGAGACUACACAGAUUAUGGCAACAGGUCUGGACAGAGCCCUCUGAGCGUUGAGAUGGAGCCUUCAAGAAGAAAAAAUGUGGAAGCACGCAUUCUUUCCAGUCUUCGCUAUUCGCAAACCGCUGAUCGAGAGACGUCAAUUGCGGAGGCGUACAUGGAGACACUCCAAUGGAUGUUGAAAGACUGCCCCACUGAUCGUAAAGAUACAAAAUUCCGCGAAUGGCUAGAAUCCAGUGAUCGCUUGUAUUGGAUCACUGGGAAAGCUGGCAGUGGGAAGUCGACCCUCAUGAAGUACAUCAGCAAUAUCGAUGGCACAUCCGAGGGCAGUCUGAUAUGCCAGAAGUAUCUUCAGAGUUGGGCGGGCGGCCAAGAUCAUCUCAUUGUCGCCUCGUUCUAUUUUUGGGCGUCAGGGUCAUCUAUUGAGGCCUCACAGCGAGGCCUUUUUCAGUCACUCCUCUUCCAGAUCUUGAAGAGACAUCCAGGCUUACUCCCAAAAAUUGCACCCAGAAUAUGGGAGGCGUAUGCCUCCUUUGGUCUGGAUAUGAACAUUGAGAGAGAGAAGAGCCUUGAUGAAAUGCUCCUGAGCGCCAUUCGUGAGCUCGUGGAACAACAGGGGAAGAAAGUAUGCCUUUUCGUCGAUGGAUUAGACGAAUAUCGUGGCGAUCAUCUAAAACUGAUCGCGAUUUUCCGGUCAUUCUUGCUCUUGCCAAAUGUCAAGAUAUGUGUGUCAAGCCGACCAUGGGUUGUGUUUGAAGACAAUUUCAGCACAGCUCCAAGUUUGAUGCUUCAAGACUUCACAUACCCCGACAUCCAACACUUCGUGACUUCACAAUUGAGUCAGAAUGAUGGUUUUGCAAGGCUGCAAUUGCGCGAGCCAGAGUACGCUACAACUUUGAUAGAUAAUAUCACUGAUAAAGCGUCAGGCGUUUUCCUGUGGAUCAUAUUGGUUGUCAAAUCACUACUGGCCGGACUCACCCAUGAUGAUCGUAUAUCAGACUUACAGAGACGAUUGGAUCUCUUGCCACCCGACCUCGAGAAGCUUUACGAUGCCAUACUGGACGAUCUAGAUCCCUUCUACUUUGGUCAUGCGUCGCAAUACUUUCAGCUCCUGGAGGCCAGCAACAACGACUGUGACGUCCUCCUGUUUUCAUUCGCCGAUGAGGAACGCUUGGACUUUGCGUUGAAACUGCCCAUUCGAGCGUUCACACAAGAAGAGAAAAAUCUCAGGACCGACACUGUCAAGCGACGCCUCAAUAGCAGAUGCAAAGGCUUGCUCGAAGUCGGACCUCAAGGAAGAAUACAAUAUCUCCAUCGCACCGUCAAGGACUAUAUUGAUGGAAGUGAGGUGCGCCUUAGAAUUGAUCGGGCAGUCGAACAGGACUUUGAAUGUUACUUCAAGUUAUGCUCAGCCAACCUAGCAAUGGUCAAAAGCGUGGAUGACUACAGAAUGGAAUACGCUAAGGAAUGCCUUGAGAUGGCGGCUAAAGUCAAGCGGAUCAUUCCCAGCAUGAUCCAAAUACUUGAUGAUCUUGACCGAACAAUGGAAAAGACUCUGGAUCCCUUGUCAUUAAAAUCAUUUCAUCAAACCACCCUGAGCACUGCUCACAACCAUCUCUCAUCCGGCAAGUUCUACAUUGGAAGCAGCUUUUUGGCCACCACCGUGCGAUUCUCUGUGGUUGAAUACGUUCGAGCGCGCUCUCCGGCUGGUUGCAUGGCCCCGGAUAGUGACAGCAGCCAUGAGGACCAAACGCAAUACCCACGAAACCUAGGACUGGACUCAAAAUCAUCUCGGUUCGAAAGAAUGAUGAAGACGGCCAAGUUUUCGACUUCCUCAAAGGCCCAAAAAAUAAGUAAAUGGCGUAAGGGUACUUGGCCGCUUCUACUCGAUGCCAUUUGGUGCGAUCCGAUCUCGCUGCCUAUGUUCCGGUGUCUAUUAGAGCUUGGCGCCGAUCCGAAUUUGAUCUUCCACCGAAACGGGUCAACGCCGUGGACCGCAGCACUAGUAGCCAUGAUUGAUUCGUGCAGCGUUCGCUGCGUAUCUGAUGACGCGACGGCAAAUUGGGAACAAUGGGCACCGAUCUUGGUACAAUUCCAACAGUACGGGGCGCAAAGAGACGAUUCGGUGUGCAAAACAGUUUACCGAAACCUUAACAUGUUUGGGAAUUACCAAUUAUCAUCUCCUAGCCUCCUCAAUCUUGGUAUUAUACUGGAAUGUGUCGCAACGGGUAGAAAAGACUUGGGGCUGGAGUACUUGAAUGGACAGAAUGAUAUUACCACAUUCCAAAGGGAAAGAGAAAGUCAAAGCCGUUUGCCCACAGUCGCAAUCUAUUCUAGGCGACCACAAAAGGGAUCGUGGGAGCUUAGCAGCUAG